AGAGGUAUACGCAGCGGAAAGCAGUCAGUUCUUGCUUCAUUGAUAAUUUGGUAUCCUGAACAAAGACAGCAGCCAGUUGCAAGAAUGAAUUUUCUAGAGCUAAUCGGCGAGAAAAUUCUCGAUUGCGUGCUUGCAGCACUGGGACGUAACUUGGAUUAUCUGAUUCACUACAAAAGUAAUGUUGAUAAUCUCAUACCCCAAGUUAUAUAUCUACUGGAUGCCAAGGAUAGUAUACAAAAUGAAGUUGCGGCUGCUAGAAGAAAUUUAAUGGAAAUUCAUCCUCAUGUUCAGACAUGGCUUACCCGUUCUGAUGGGAUCAUAGCAGAGGCAGAGGAAUUCAUUAGAAAUAACGGGCAGGCAAAGAUGACGUGCUGCAAUGGGUGGUGUCCUAACUUGAAGUCCCGUUAUCAAGUGAGCAAGAGAGCAAUUGAGAUAGGAUUGAAAGUCAAGGAAAUCAAGGACGAGGGAAAGUUCGAUAGAGUCGGCUAUCGUAAGUCUCCACAAGUGGUAGGAACUGCUACAUCGAAUACAGGGUAUGAGGCCUUUGAAUCAAGAAUGCAAACAUUAACUGGAGUUCUUGAAGCGCUCAAAGAUCCUAAGAUCAAUAGGAUUGGGGUUUACGGGAUGGGAGGUGUGGGCAAAACCAUGCUAGCCAAAGAAGUUGUAAAACAAGCUCAGAAAGACCAGUUGUUUGACAAGUACCUUUUUUUAGUUGUAUCCAAAGAUCCAGUCUUGAAAAAUAUUCAAAGGGAAAUGGCGGAGCGAUUAGGUCUAAAACUUGAGGUGGAGAGUGAAUCUGUAAGAGGAGAUCAACUACGUGAGCGAUUGAAACAAGAGAAGAAGACCCUUAUAAUUAUAGAUGACAUUUGGGAGGCCCUGAACUUGGAAUAUCUUGGGAUUUCCUUUGGAGAUGAUCAGAAGGGGUGCAAAUUAUUGUUGACGUCAAGAUUUUAUAAUGUUCUAUGCAAUGAUAUGGAUACCCAAAAGCAGAUCCCAGUUGAAGUUUUAUUGAAAAAUGAAGCGAGAAACUUGUUUGAGAAAAUAGUUGGUGAUUUAGCCAAAAGGCCUGAAAUCCAACCUAAUAUGCUUAAAAUUGUCGAAGAAUGUUCUGGAUUACCAAUUGCCAUUAAAACAGUUGCAAAUACCUUGAAAAAUGAGAAAGAUAUAAAAGUUUGGGAGGACGCAGUCAACAUGUUCAAAAUGUCUGAGCCAAUAAAGAUCGCUGGAAUGGAUGAAAAGGUGUACAAGAGUAUAAAGUGGAGUUGCGAGUUUUUGAAAAGUAAUGAAGCAAAGUCAUUAUGGUUGCUUUGUAGUCUACAUAGAGAGGAUUACAACAUAAAAGUAGAAGACUUGAUAAAAUAUGGUGUGGGUUUGAGCUUGUUUGGUAACCUUGACAAAAUAGAGGUUGCGAGAGGUAGGGUGCACACAUUGGUUAAAAGACUCAAAGAUUCUAGCUUGUUGUUGGAAGGUGAUUACAAUGGUACAGUCAAAAUGCAUGAUGUAAUUCGUGAUGUAGCAAUUAAUAUUGCAGCUGAAGAAAAGCAGAUGUUUAUGAUAAGAAAUACUACUGACUUGCAAGAACGUUUAAAUUGUGAAGAUUCACGUGCAAUUUCAUUGCCUUACAUUGAUGAUUGUGACCUUCCUAAAAGGUUUGAAUGUCCGAAUCUUCAUUUAUUUUUUAUGUUCGAUCAAAAAGAGACUUUGGGAAUUCCAAUCUCAUUUUUUGAAGGGUUGAAAGAGCUGAGAGUUAUAAGCUUAUCUCAAACAUGGUUUGAGAUACUUCCUUCAUCACAUUUGUCACUUGAAAAACUCCGAGCAUUAACUUUAAAAGGUACAGUGAAGGAUGUAACAAUAAUUGGAGAACUGAAGAAUUUGAAAAUUCUUAGCCUUUCAUUGAAAAUUUUUGAACAAUUACCAAAAGAAAUAGGGCAUUUAACUCACCUUCAAUUGCUAGAUUUGGAAGAAUGUUCCGAUCUUAAAGUCAUUCCACCCAAUGUGUUAUCUAAUAUGAAGAUUUUACAAGAAUUAUACCUACCGAGAACUGUUGAAUGGGAGGUUGAAGAACAAAGCACAGAAAGAAGUAAUGUUAUGGUCUCAGAAUUGGACAAUUUGUAUCACCUGAUCAUGUUACACGUACAUAUUCAGAAUUCCAAGAUUUUACCAAAAGCCAUGGUUUUUGAAAGGUUGGUAAGCUAUAGAAUAGCCAUAGGCAGUUACUUCUCCGGAGGAGAAAUGUUAGAUGCUUCAAGAAUUUUAAAGCUCAAUAUAAGCCUUCAAUCUGACGAUGGGUAUAAAGUAUUAUUGAGGAAAUGUGAAGCUCUCUUUUUGCGUGAAAUGAAGGGUGUCAAAAAUAUUCUUUACGAAUUAGAUUCGGAAGGUUUUCAAAGUUUGAAGCAUCUCACAGUCCAAGGCAAUGACGAGAUUCAGUAUAUUAUCAAGUCUAUGGGGGUUCUCGGUUCUGUCUUUCCAAUCUUGGAGUCAAUUAAUCUAAGCAAUAUGAUCAAUUUGAAACGGAUAUGCAACACUCGACUUCCAGCGGAGUCUUUUCGUAACUUGCGAGUGGUAAAAGUGAGUAAAUGUUGUAAUUUGGAAUGUCUUCUCCUCAUCUAUGUUUGGAUGCUUUUCCCACCUCCAAGAAAUGGAGAUAGAUGA